AUGAAAACUUACUUUCGAGUUACUACAGUGUUACUUAAAUGUAUUGAAUAUAAUUUACAUUUAAGUUCAUACAUUAAAGCAGCAAAUGCAAUUUCUAUAAACAAAAUUCGAUGUUAUUCUACCGGUUUACCAGGAUCUGGAGCUGGUAAAGGUGGUGGAGGUGGUGGGACGGUAAGGGAAUCUGGUGGUAGCCUUGGAGAAUAUGCGGCGGCGCAGGAAGAAAGUUACUUCUUUAAAAAGCAGAAGGAGCUACUAAAGAAGAUAAGGAAGAAGUUAGAGACUGGGGAAUCACUAGUACGGGCACAUAAAGAAAAGGAUGAAAAAUGA